AAGACGUCGCCAUUUUAGUUCCUCUCGGUGUCGUCUUAAGCGCGUUACUUGGCUUUACAAUAUCUGAGCUUAAAUAUCUUUUCUGUCAAGUUAUUUUAGAUUUCUCGUAUUUUCUUCAUACAAUCGACGUCAGAAGACAUAAGCAUUCGGUUUAUGUUUCCACAAUAUCCAGAAACAGCCAUGAUCACCAGAAAAAGAGGAAGAAGCAGCCUAAAUGCUGACGUCACAUGUACAAGUACCUCCCACGAGAUUGAUCGGGUAUCGAAAACCAGUAAUACAAGUGAAACGAACAUGCAGACUUCCCCAGAAAGCGACACCAAUGAUUGGGGCCUGGAUGAUCUACUUGGCUUCGGGUUCAACUGGGACCUGGACAACGAAGUUAUUGAUGCUUUUGGGAACUUUGAAUCACAGACAGCGGCCGGCGAUGAGAAAGACCAAAGCGCAGAUGUUGCCACAUCCUUCAGUAGAGGUGCAGUCCAGAGGUCAAAAUUGAAAGACGUCUCCCGUCAGAUCAUCAACAAGAAUGCCAUUGCGGCGAGGAUGAACCGUUUAAAGAAGAAAGAAUAUGUCAGUGGUUUAGAACAGAGAGUUGGUUCUUUGACAACAGAAAAUCGUGUUCUCAAGCAGGAAAAUGGCAAUCUCAACAAGAGAGUGGAAGAGUUGGAGAAUGAAACUAGGUACCUGAGAGCUGUGUUGGCCAAUGAGAGCAUGCUGGCUCAGCUGUUGUCUAGAUUGAGCGGUGUGAACGGCAUGAAAUUCUCUACCUCGCUUUUCCAGGAAUCCAACGAGAAUGACCACGAUUAUGCCAUGCCGAGGAAGAGGGUGAAGGUGGAAGACAGAGAUACUGCAGGUGGCAUCUGCCUGCACGUGGACAAAGACCACGUCUCGGUGGAAUUCUGCACCAAAUGUGCAGAGAGUUCAAGCUUGUCACAUAAAAUGUAGGGUCAAGUAUUUUACCUUUUCAUCGUUUCCCGAGACUGAACAUUUGCACGAGAUGUAAAUGAGGGGACAUGACGACAGUAGUUGUCAAAUAUAGUUAACUGUUUAAAUAUGUGCAGAGCUUGAAUGGCAUGUCUGUUAAACUUGCUUUCAAUACAAGUUACUGCUAAAUUUGUUGACAGUUUUCUUCUAGGUGCUUGGUCCGCCAUGCUGGAUGACUGGGUCACAGAACAUCCUUGACUGCUGAAAUCCAUGGUAAGGAUCCAGAAGUAGAAGACUGCACAGAACUGGUUAACUCCUAAGAUGAAGACAAUGCUUUUUGCCAGUUUACGGCAUAACACGAACUGGAAAUAAACUAAUGUUUGUUUCAUUUUCACUUGUUGUCUGUUUAAAGUAUUGAAGCUAACCUACAGAAAAAAAUUAAGCAUUGUUUUUUUUUUUAAUUACAUACUUUUGAUGGUUAAAGUUGUACUAUGUAAUUUCAGUUAAAGUAGACUUCGAGGGAAGUAGUUAAGUGGACAAAAAGUUUAAAAGAAUUAUGUAAAUGGGUGAUGUUUCACAAAGGGCUUCUGCUUAAAUUAAUCUGUUUUGUAUACGUUUAUUCUGUGUUGAUACAUUGUUGAUUUCAAUGCAAGCUUAUAUUUUGCUGAAACUAGAUGAGCCCUUUCUGAAAUAUCACUUUUUUUCUAAAGAAUGUUUUUCAUGUAGAACCCUUAUUUUUCUUUAUGCUAAAGUGGAUUUUGCUGUGAGGAAAGCAGAAGAAUCGGGACCAGCCGCUUGCAUCAUGGCCUGGUAAAUUUAAAAAAAGGUAGUUCUUGAAACAGUGUAAGUUACAGUUUUACUGAUUCUUUAUCUCAUCCAUAAAAACGUCAGAUGCUGUCAUGUUCAUUUAGCAUCUAAAUGAGUUUAACCUCUCCUGUUUGUAGUAUUUUUUUUUUAUUACAAGACAUUGAACAUCUGCCUCAUCCAUGUGUUUCAUCUUGAUUUGUUAAAGCACUUGGGCUUUAUUUGACAUUUGUCAGGAGAAUAAGUUUGUUCUGAAACAGAAUUUUUGAAAGGGUCAUGGUUUUUGAAAAUGAACAUCUUUAUGUGAUAUGUAAUGGAAAUCCAAAGACUGUGCUAGCACAUGGCUGCAGCUGUUUUGAAAAAAAAAUGUAAUAAAUUUUCAUUUAAGUAA